AUGCGCACGGAUAGCACACAUGACGACGCGCAGCUGGCCGCCUUGGGUCACAAGGCUGAGCUCAACCGCAACUUUUCCAUGCUCUCGAUGCUGGGGCUGGCCUUUGCCGUGUUGAAUUCUUGGACAGCCCUCUCCGCCAGUCUCAGCGUCAGCCUGUCCUCGGGUGGCAGCACCAGCAUUGUCUGGGGCCUGGUCACCGCGGGUGCCUGCAAUCUGUGCAUCGCAACAUCCCUGGCGGAAUUCCUAUCUGCGUACCCAACCGCCGGUGGCCAAUAUCAUUGGGUUGCAGUCUCUUGGCCUCGAUGGGUACCCAUUUUGUCAUGGAUCACUGGCUGGGUCAAUGUUGUUGGAUGGGUUGCGCUCGUGGCCACAAAUGCGCUCCUCUCCAGCCAAUUGAUCGUCGGCAUCGUCCAUGCCACAUCUGGAUACAACGUCUCCAACUGGCAGCAGUUUCUCAUCUACAUUGCCUUUACACUCGUCGCAUUUCUGCUCAACGCCUUUAUGAACUCGCUGCUGCCUAGAAUAUACAAAGGCGCUCUCUUCUGGUCGCUCGGCGGCUUCGCCAUUGUCUCCAUCACGGCAUUGGCCUGCGCAUCGCCUAAUUACAGCUCUGCUCGCUUCGUCUUUACAGAAUUCAUUAACCACACUGGCUGGCCAGAUGGCGUUGCCUGGCUUCUGGGGCUUCUUCAAGGCGGUCUUGGUCUCACCGCUUUUGAUUCCGUCGCGCAUAUGAUUGAGGAAAUCCCACAGGCCUCGAAAAAAGGGCCCAAGAUCAUGGUCGGCUGCGUAGCCAUCGGCAUCUCCACCGGCUUCCUCUUCCUCAUUGUCCUGCUCCUCGUCGCCGGCGACAUCCAGCAGGUCAUUGACUCCGGCGCCGGGCCGCUCCUCCAGAUCCUCAUCAACGCCACCAACAGCACCGCCGGCGCCAUCUGCCUGCUCAUCUUCCCGCUCGUGUGUCUGGCCUUUGCCACCAUUUCCGUCAUGACCACGAGCAGUCGCAUGAUUUUUGCCUUUGCGCGUGAUGGCGGCCUGCCUGCUUCCAAGUUCCUGGCUCGUGUGCACCCGCAACUCGGCCUGCCGCUGAAUGCGCUUAUGCUCACCUCUGUCGUGGUUGUCAUUUUCGGCGUCAUUAACAUUGCUUCCACAAAUGCGUUCAACGCCAUCAUCUCGGCGGCUGUGGUGACACUGGACCUCUCCUAUGCCAUGCCCAUUGCCGUCAACUGCCUACAGGGCCGCAAGACCCUGCCUGAUCGCCACUGGAAGCUACCGGCAUGGCUCGGAUGGACUUGCGACACUAUCGCGCUGUCCUACAUUGCCAUCACCACCGUGCUCUUCGUCUUCCCUCCCGAAAGACACGUUACUGGUAGCAACAUGAGUAUGUAUCGCGAUGCCCGACCUGCGGAUACGUUCUGA